CCCGCACCCUCACCACCACCACACGCACCACCCUCCCCCCGCCGCCAUGACCACCACCGCCCGCGAGCACCUGCUGGUGGUGCGCCGGCGUAGCCCCCACAUGCGCUACACCCUCAGCCCCGAGAACCUCCGCACUCUCUCUGCCCAGGGUGGAGGUAGCAGUGGAGGCCCGAGCAGUGGAGUGGCUGGUGUCGGAGGCUCACGCUCGGGCCCGGGCGACGGCGGCGCACCUCUGGGAUUGCAGCGGGCCAACAGCGACACGGACCUGGUGACGUCGGAGAGCCGCUCGUCACUGACGGCGUCCACCUACCAGUACACGUUGGGCCGCGGCCAGAACCUGGUCAUCUCCUGGGACAUCAAGGAGGAAGUGGACGCCACCGACUGGAUUGGCCUGUACCAGAUCGAUGAGACGUGUCCGGCUAAUGUAUGGGACUCGAAGAACCGCGGGGUGAACGGCACGCAGAGGGGGCAGAUCGUCUGGAGACUGGAGCCGGGGCCCUACUUCAUGGAGCCCGAGACUAAGAUCUGCUUUAAAUACUAUCAUGGAGUAAGUGGAGCCCUCAGAGCUACAACUCCCUGCAUUACAAUCAAGAACCCUGGAGUUCCAGCGGGAGCAGAGGGUCAAGUGGAUGGCCAUUCCGUGACAGAACACUGUCGGAAGCUGGUCAGCUUCACUCUGUCAGACAUCCGUGCCCAGGGCCUGAAAAAGGGCAUGUUCUUCAACCCUGACCCCUAUCUGAAGAUGUCCAUUCAGCCGGGGAAGAGAGGCAACUUCCCCACCUUCACCCACCACGGCCAGGAGAGGAGAGCCUCCAUCAUCACCAACACCACCAACCCGGUGUGGCAUGGAGAGAAGUAUACGUUUGUGGCUCUUAUGACGGAUGUUUUGGAAAUUGAGGUCAAGGACAAGUUUGCCAAAAGUCGCCCAAUCAUCAAGCGCUUUCUUGGUCAGCUGACCAUCCCUGUGCAGAGACUCUUGGAGAGACACACCUCAGGAGACCAGCCCGUGAGCUAUACCCUGUGUCGCCGGUUGCCCACAGAACAGGUCAGCGGCCAGCUUCAGUUCAGAGUGGAGAUCACUACAGGACAUGAAGAUCUCGUGGGCUCUAUACUCGGUGCCUCCUCCAUGAACGGGGACCCGGGGAGCCCAUCUGACGACGAGGACAUCCUUCACCCCGCCUCCUCCUCCCGCCUCCUCCGUGGCCCCUCCCCCACCGGCUCCGAGGGCUCCCUCCACGCCGACGCCCUCCACAACGGCAACGGAUCUGACGAUGACCGCUUGCGCGAGCUCCGGACGGGUGCCAACGGUGGGCCGGACUCCCCCGACGAGGGCCUCGGCAGUCACACCCACCGGCAGGUGUCCCUCAACGACUACCUGGACGCCAUCGAGGCCCCCAAGGGGCCCGGAGAGAGGCCCCUGGGGGCCGCCUCGCCCAAGCUGCGCUCCAGCUUCCCGACGGACACGCGGCUCAACGCCAUGCUGCACAUCGACUCCGACGAGGACGAGGAGGGGGCCCGCCUCCGCAGCAGCAGCAGCGCGGCCGAUGCCCACCCGCCGGCCCUGACCAACGGGGCGCCGCCAGCGGCCGCAGCAGCAGCAGCGUCGGCCCCUGCGGCAGCACCAGCCCCAGCGCUAGCGGCAGCGGAGGGACGGGCCUCCUCGGCGCAGACGCAGGAACAGGAGCAAAGUGAGGAAGCGAAGAAGACGAUGACGACGACGAAGACGAAGGCGUCGGAGAGAGAGGAAGGGGAGACCUCGGCGGCGGGGGCGAGUGCGGAGGCAGCAGGAGGAGGUGCCGCAGCAGGAGGAGCGGCAGGAGCGCCUGAGACCGGAGAGACACAGAGAGAGAGCGGAGGAGAGGACGGAGCGGAGGAGAGCAGAGCGGAGGAGGCAGCAGCAGGGGCCAAUGGAGGGGCCUCACCGGGCCCCCGGGCUGAAGCCUCCACUGCACAGAUGUCCAUUCAGCCGGGGAAGAGAGGCAACUUCCCCACCUUCACCCACCACGGCCAGGAGAGGAGAGCCUCCAUCAUCACCAACACCACCAACCCUGUGUGGCAUGGAGAGAAGUAUACGUUUGUGGCUCUUAUGACGGAUGUUUUGGAAAUUGAGGUCAAGGACAAGUUUGCCAAAAGUCGCCCAAUCAUCAAGCGCUUUCUUGGUCAGCUGACCAUCCCUGUGCAGAGACUCUUGGAGAGACACACCUCAGGAGACCAGCCCGUGAGCUAUACCCUGUGUCGGCGGUUGCCCACAGAACAGGUCAGCGGCCAGCUUCAGUUCAGAGUGGAGAUCACUACAGGACAUGAAGAUCUCGUGGGCUCUAUACUCGGCGCCUCCUCCAUGAACGGGGACCCGGGGAGCCCAUCUGACGACGAGGACAUCCUUCACCCCGCCUCCUCCUCCCGCCUCCUCCGUGGCCCCUCCCCCACCGGCUCCGAGGGCUCCCUCCACGCCGACGCCCUCCACAACGGCAACGGAUCUGACGAUGACCGCUUGCGCGAGCUCCGGACGGGUGCCAACGGUGGGCCGGACUCCCCCGACGAGGCCCUCGGCGGUCACACCCACCGGCAGGUGUCCCUCAACGACUACCUGGACGCCAUCGAGGCCCCCAAGGGGCCCGGAGAGAGGCCCCUGGGGGCCGCCUCGCCCAAGCUGCGCUCCAGCUUCCCGACGGACACGCGGCUCAACGCCAUGCUGCACAUCGACUCCGACGAGGACGAAGAGGGGGCCGCCUCCCGCAGCAGCAGCAGCGCGGCCGAUGCCCACCCGCCGGCCCUGACCAACGGGGCGCCGCCAGCGGCCGCAGCAGCAGCAGCGUCGGCCCCUGCGGCAGCACCAGCCCCAGCGCUAGCGGCAGCGGAGGGACAGGCCUCCUCGGCGCAGACGCAGGAACAGGAGCAAAAGGCAGCAGGAGGAGGUGCCGCAGCAGGAGGAGUGGCAGGAGCGCCUGAGACCGGAGAGACACAGAGAGAGAGCGGAGGAGAGGACGGAGCGGAGGAGAGCAGAGCGGAGGAGGCAGCAGCAGGGGCCAAUGGAGGGGCCUCACCGGGCCCCCGGGCUGAAGCCUCCACUGCACAGGUGCAGAAGGGAGAUGAGAAAACAGAAGAAGCAUCAGAGAACAGAUCCGCGGAGGCAGAGACAUCAGAAGAACCAAGGGGAAGUGAUGUAACAGAGGCCACACCGUCAACCAAGAAUGUCGCUGAUGAAGGAGGGGCCACCGCAUGCCGCCAAUCAGGACAGGCUAUUGAGGAGGAGGAGGGGGAGGAGGGAGAGGAGGUGUGGCAGAGGAGGCGGAGCCUACAGGCGUCUGCGAAUGCCAGUCAGGAGGAAGCGGCGCGGUCCUCUGAGGCAAGCGGGCCCGCCACAGAAUCAGGACAUGUUGCCAUGGAAACAGACGGAGGGUUAGCCGGGGCCCAGGUGAAUGGUCAUCAGGGUGUACGCUCCCUCCCCUCGGUGCGACACGAGAUCAGCCGCUACCAAAGAGUGGAUGAGCCCCUGCCUCCUAACUGGGAGGCGCGUAUAGACAGCCACGGGCGGAUCUUCUACGUGGACCAUGUGAACCGCACCACCACGUGGCAGAGGCCCACCGCACCCCCCGCCCCUCAGGUGCUGCAGCGCUCCAACUCCAUCCAGCAGAUGGAGCAGCUCAACCGCAGGUACCAGAGUAUCCGCCGGACGAUGACCAAUGAGAGGACAGAUGAGCAGGCGGCAGAGAUGCCCCCAGAGGACAGUGAUCUCAUGCACCACGCAAUACCUGAGUACCGACGGGACAGCGUGGUUCCCCCCUCCAGCUCCCGUUCGCGUCUCUCUCUGCUGCUGCAGUCCCCCAGCGCCAAGUUCCUCACCAGCCCCGACUUCUUCGCCGUGUUGCAUUCCAACCCCAGUGCCUACCGCCUGUUUACAAGUAACACCUGCCUGAAGCACAUGAUCAGUAAGGUGCGUCGGGACGCACACAACUUUGAGCGCUACCAGCACAACCGUGACCUGGUCACCUUCCUCAACCUGUUUGCCAACAAACAGCUGGAGCUUCCCCGUGGCUGGGAGAUGAAGCAUGACCACACUGGAAAGCCUUUCUUUGUGGACCAUAACUGCCGCUCCACCACCUUCAUUGACCCCCGGCUGCCCCUGCAGAGCGCCCGGCCCAGUAGCCUGCUGGCCCACCGCCAGCAUCUGAGCCGCCAGCGUAGUCACAGCGCCGGGGAGGUGAGCACCCGACGCAUGGUGGGAGAUGACCCACGGCAUGGUGGACCCCCAGUUCUUCCUCGGCCCUCCAACACUUUCAACAACCGAAACCAAUGCCAGGACGUAGUGCCCACAGCCUACAACGACAAGAUUGUAGCGUUUCUACGGCAACCCAACAUCUUCGAUAUCCUGCAGGAGAGACAGCCGGAGCUCAUCAGAAAUCACUCGCUCAGGGAGAAGGUGCAGUUCAUCCGUAAUGAAGGAGCGUCUGGCCUGGCUCGUCUUUCCAGUGAUGCUGACCUCGUCAUUCUGCUAAGUCUGUUUGAAGAGGAAGUGAUGUCGUACGUGCCGCCCCAUGCCUUACUGCACCCCAGCUACUGCCAAUCACCGCGAGGCUCGCCGGUGUCCUCCCCCCAAAACUCUCCUGGCACACAACGAGCGAACGCGCGAGCCCCAGCUCCAUACAAACGGGAUUUCGAGGCCAAGCUGAGGAAUUUCUAUCGCAAGUUAGAGACGAAAGGUUAUGGACAGGGGCCGGGAAAGGUUAAGUUGAUCAUACGCAGGGACCAUCUUUUGGAAGACGCCUUCAACCAGAUCAUGUGCUACUCCCGUAAGGACCUGCAGAGGAGCAAGCUCUAUGUCAGUUUUGUGGGUGAGGAGGGGUUGGACUACAGCGGCCCAUCGAGAGAGUUCUUCUUCCUGGUGUCCCGUGAGCUGUUUAAUCCGUACUACGGACUGUUUGAAUACUCGGCCAACGACACCUACACCGUGCAGAUAAGCCCCAUGUCCGCCUUUGUGGAUAACCAUCAUGAAUGGUUCCGGUUUAGUGGGCGAAUCCUGGGCCUGGCUUUGAUCCAUCAGUACCUGCUGGACGCCUUUUUCACACGGCCCUUCUACAAGGGGCUCCUGCGCAUCCCUUGUGAUUUGAGUGAUCUGGAGUACCUGGACGAGGAGUUCCACCAGAGUCUGCAGUGGAUGAAGGAUAACGACAUCGAGGAUAUUCUGGACCUCACCUUCACUGUCAACGAGGAAGUCUUUGGCCAGAUCACUGAGCGUGAGUUGAAGCCGGGCGGCGCGAACAUCCCUGUGUGUGAGAAGAACAAGAAGGAGUACAUAGAGCGCAUGGUGAAGUGGCGCAUCGAGAGAGGAGUGGUGCAGCAGACGGAGAGCCUGGUCCGCGGCUUCUACGAGGUGGUAGAUGCACGACUGGUUUCAGUAUUUGACGCCCGAGAGCUGGAACUGGUGAUUGCCGGCACAGCAGAGAUUGAUCUGGCAGACUGGAGAAAUAACACAGAGUAUAGAGGAGGUUACCAUGACAACCACAUAGUCAUCCGCUGGUUCUGGGCCGCCGUCGAAAGAUUCAACAAUGAGCAAAGACUCCGACUGCUGCAGUUUGUGACGGGCACCUCCAGUAUCCCCUACGAAGGCUUCGCUUCCCUCCGGGGCAGCAACGGCCCGCGGCGCUUCUGCGUGGAGAAGUGGGGGAAGAUCACCUCCCUGCCCAGAGCUCACACCUGUUUCAACCGGCUGGAUCUGCCGCCCUACCCCUCGUUCUCCAUGCUGUAUGAGAAGAUGCUCACAGCCGUGGAGGAGACCAGCACCUUCGGCCUGGAGUGACCUCUCACCCACGACCCGCAAACUCCCCGCUCGCCCGCUCCAGACUGCUGCUCGACCUCCACGACCCUGCCUCUCUCCCUCUCCCUGUCCCUUUUGAAAGGUCUAAAAGUGAAAGGACUCUGCAUAAGGGGCCUGUUCACUGACCCACAGCUAGACUUAAAGGCCAAUGGAGCACGUUAAAAAAAAAAAAAACAACCAACACCAUCAGGUGAUUAAACACAGCCUCACUCACACACA